UCCUUCUUUCCAAGCUCUGUUGACCGCCGAGCGAUGAGUCUCCGGUAGAUAUAAAGCUCAUGCUCCAUUCAUUUGAAAACCGCCCGUCUCUCAGCUUUCUUUCAAUAACUUGCGCUUUCUCGCAACUUGUACUUCCCUCUCAAUACUUUGCGCGUAGGACCACUGCUAAGCUCGUGUCAUCUUCUAUCUUCUGAAGAAGUCCUCUGAACAAAUCGACUCCUUAUCUUUCACUAUGGCUCCUCACGCUGACGAGACGACGAGCCAGUCAAAUGGUCACCUGGCCGCAACAGCUCCCUCGUUCACCCCCAGCGGAGCAGAGUUCACAGUAGAUGCACAAAAUGUCACAUACGAGGACGCCGAGAUCACCAGCAAGUAUCGCUACCGGACGACAAAGGUCAAGCGUGUUGAUGGCAAGUUCGUCGCCAAACCACAUGAGACCGUCUACGACUUCAAGACUCAACGGAAAGUCGGCAAGGUCGGCAUGAUGUUGGUCGGACUCGGCGGAAACAACGGAACGACCAUCACCGCAGGUAUCCUGGCCAACCGUCGUAAGCUCACCUGGCAAACGAAGCAGGGUACGCAAGAAGCGAACUACUAUGGCUCCGUGGUCAUGGCCUCUACCGUGAAGCUCGGCAACGAUGAGGCAACCGGGGAGGACGUCAACAUCCCCCUUCACAGCAUGCUCCCGAUGGUCCACCCGAAUGAUCUCGUCAUCGGAGGAUGGGACAUCAGCGGCAUGGACCUCGCGGCUGCCAUGGAUCGUGCACAAGUCCUCGAGCCCACUCUCAAAUCGCUCGUCGGCAAGGAGAUGGCGAACAUGAAGCCCUUGCCUAGCAUCUACUACCCUGACUUCAUCGCGGCCAACCAGGAGGACCCGAACCUGUUGAAGGCCAUCGAAAAUGGACACGAGGAAGUCUCUCCUUCCACCGUCUUCGCCGUCGCCUGUAUCCUCGAAGGCGCGCCUUUCAUCAACGGCUCGCCGCAGAACACCUUUGUCCCAGGCUGCAUCGAGCUCGCCACCCAACACAAUGCCUUCCUCGGCGGCGACGACUUCAAAUCCGGCCAAACGAAGAUGAAGUCCGCCCUCGUCGACUUCCUGAUCAACGCCGGAAUCAAAUUGACCAGCAUCGCGAGCUACAACCACCUCGGCAACAACGACGGCAAGAACCUCUCCUCGCAGCGCCAAUUCCGCUCCAAGGAAAUCUCCAAAUCCAACGUCGUCGACGACAUGGUCGCCGCCAACUCCGUCCUCUACAAGCCCGGCGAGCACCCGGACCACUGCGUCGUGAUCAAAUACAUGCCAGCCGUCGGCGACAACAAACGCGCCCUGGACGAAUACUACGCCGAGAUCUUCCUCGGCGGCCACCAGACCAUCUCGCUGUUCAACGUCUGCGAGGACUCCAUGCUGGCCAGCCCGCUCAUCAUCGACCUCGUCUUGAUCACCGAGCUGAUGACCCGCAUCCAGUGGCGCAACGAUGGCGACGCCGAAUGGAGGAACUUCCACUCCGUCCUGAGUAUCCUGAGCUACAUGCUCAAGGCGCCGCUGACCCCGCCGGGAACACCAGUGGUCAAUGCUCUCGCGAAGCAGAGAAGCGCGCUGGUCAACAUCAUGCGUGCAUGUGUUGGAUUGGAGCCGGAGAAUGAUAUGACUUUGGAGCAUAAGCUUUUCUAGGAUGGAAACUGUCGACACGUUUACUUAGCGGUGAAAUUUACUUGGAGUUUUGCGACGGAGUUAUUAUCUAGAGGGGUUAUGAAUGGGAUCCGGGCGAGACCUCCAGACUUCCAUUUUGGGGAUACAACAUCAACGAUCGAUUUUAAGGACCGCCACUGGAUAGCACAGCUAAUGAGAAUGAUAUCGAGAAAUGAUUGUAACGGAGAAAGUAAAAGUGUUUCGUUCCAACGCUGAGUCCUCUAUAUUCUAUCAAACUUCGUGUUAGCACAGCUG